AUGUCGCAACUGAUUUCACUUGAGAAUUUCGAUGAAAAUUCAUCCAAAUACCCAAUUAUUAAUAGUCCUCGCUCAUUGGAAGCAUGCAAAAUUUAGGGAAUAAAACCUGAUGAGCUUAUUGUCAAAGCUGUUGAAGAUAUGAAAAAUAUUUAUAAGGAUAAAAACAACGAUAAGCAAUCUUUGCUAAUUAAAUGGAACCACUAUGAAGAGAGAAGAAAAGAAAAGAUUAAAAUUUUGUUAGACGAAAGAGCUUAGCUAAUUGAAGGAGAGAAGUUAGGUCUUUGGUAUUUUGAUUAAAAGGGCUAAAUAUAACACUAAAAAUCUGUUUAGCAAGGACAAGGAUAGUCAAAGUAUCAAAGUACUGUUUUGGGCGGAAACUCAACUUUAAUUGAACGCGAAAAAAGACAACUUGAAAAAAUUAAAUAUAAACAAUAAAAAGAAAUAGAGUAGAUGCUUGAUUACGAAAUGAAAAUGCAAGAAAUUAGAAACAAAAAUGACGAAAAGCAGCAAUUUUAAAUUUAAAAGGAGUAUGAAAGAUAAAUGGAGAUAAAGAAGAAGAAAUAAGAAUAAGAAGAAUAAAAAUAGCAAAUGGAACUUUAAAAAAGAUUGAGACAAGAACAGUUGGAGUAUGAGCAAAAAAUGUAAGCUUAGGCUGCUUACGAAAAAGAAAUGGAAAGAGCCAGAUAAGAAGAAUAGAGGAGAAAAGAAAGAGAAAAAGAAAUGAGAAAAAGGGAUGAAGAAAGAAAACUUAAGCAAGAAGAAUUCAAAGUUUAGCUUGAAGAAAAACUUUUCGAAUAGCAAUAAGUUGUUGAAGAAAGAAGGAAGUAAUUAGAUGAAAAGGAGUAAUAGAGACUCUAAAUUUUAGAAGAAAAAAAGAUGAUCAUGUCUUAGCAAGCUGAAGCUAAAAGAUUGAUUUAAGAAGAGAGAUUAAGACAAGCAAAAUAAAAAAAUGAAUUAGAACUCUAAAAAAUUAGAGAAGAAUAUGAGCAAAAGCAAUAACACAACGAAUAAAAAAGAUAACUUUAUGAAAUGGAAAGAAAUUAAUAUUUUAUCGAAUAGAGAAAAAAGCAAUAACAUCAUGAAGAAAUGAUCAAACAAGUUCUUUCCAACGUAGCUAUGAAAGAAGAAGAGAAAAGAAAUGAGUAUUUGAGAAAGAUGCAAGAAGCAGAAGAAAGAAAAAAAUUGCUUGAUAUUGAAGAAUAGUAAUGGAAGGAAGAGAAAAGAUAAAUGGAAUUGGAGAGGGAAGAAUAAAGAAGACAAGUUAAAUUAAACAACGAGUUAUAGAUGAAGGAAAAGCAAGAAAUGUUCCUUGGUAAAUUAAAAAAAAAAGAAGAAAAUGUACAAAGAGCUCAUGAAUAGAAAGAGCACUACUUUAAAGAAAAGAGUAACAUUGAAAGUAUAAAAAGAUCUGACAGAAGAGAAAAUGUAGAAAAAAUUUAAAAGAUGCAAGACUAUCAAAGAUAUUAGUUACAAUAGUAAAUUAAUUCGAAGAUGUCCAGAUCAGAGUAAAUUUAGGCUGAAAAAUCCAUGCUUUAGCAGUAAAGAGCUCUCAUGAGAAAGUAAAUUGAAGAAUAAAAGAGAGUUUUGGCAGAAAAAAUGGAAAAAGUUCGUUAAGGAAAACUUGACCCUCAUCAAGUUAUGUCAGAAUUUAAAAGUGGAUCUUAAUUUGCUGCCAAUGAAUCAAUGUAGAAAAAAUCAACUUACAGCAACGGUUCUUAAGGAUAACCUAAGCAACAUGGAUUUGGAAACACUACUAGACAUGCUGCUUCUUAGGAUACUUAAUAACGUACUAACUUUGGUAAAACAGCAGGUUCUACAUAAUUUGAUAGAAAUAAAGACUAAAAAAAGCAAACACCAGGAAGCGCCAAGCCUAAUGCUAACUAAUCUGGAGCAGGUGUGAGUGAAAGAGAAGCUAUUAGGUUAAUUGAAGAUCUAAAGGUUAAGUAAAAUCAAGAAAUGCUCAAGUUAUUAGAACACGAGCAAAAUGAAGAACAAGAAAGAGAAGUUAUGAUGGAUAAUGUAGAAGAUCCAGCAGAAAAAAAGAGACUUGACAAACUUUUUGGUAUGGAAAGAGCUAAGGCCCAAGCUCGUAUUUAAAAGCUAUCAGAUUCACAUGAUACCGAACUUAAGAAAUUAAUGUAAAAGUAUGGUAUAACAAAUCAAUAAUACAGUUGA